GCCGCGGAGCCAGAGCAGCAAUGGCGGCGGGUGGCGGCGGAGUUGCCGACCCCCUGUCUCCCUCGGGGCUCCCCUGCGCGUUCUCCCCGCCGAGUCAGGCCUACUUUGCUUUGGCGUCUGCCGACGGUCACCUGCGAGUGUGGGAGACAGCCAACAACCGUUUGCACCAAGAGUACGUGCCUUCCGCGCACCUCAGCGGUACCUGCACCUGCCUGGCCUGGGCGCCAGCGCGGUUACAGGCCAAGGAAAGUCCCCAGAGGAAAAAAAGGAAAUCAGAACCUAUAGAAACGAGUAACCAGAUUGACUUGUUGGCUCUUGGUACAGCAGUUGGUAGUAUUUUAUUAUACAGUACAGUAAAAGGAGAAUUACACAGUAAAUUAAUAAGCGGUGGACAUGACAACAAAGUCAAUUGCAUACAGUGGCAUCAAGACAAUGGCUGUUUGUAUAGUUGUUCAGACGAUAAACAUAUUGUGGAAUGGAAUACACAGACAUGCAAAGUAAAGUGCAAAUGGAAAGGUGACAAUAGCAGCGUCAGUUCCCUGUGUAUCAGCCCAGAUGGAAAGAUGUUGCUUUCAGCUGGUCGAACAAUCAAACUAUGGGUUUUGGAGACCAAAGAAGUCUACAGACACUUCACAGGACAUGCAACGCCGGUUUCAUCACUUAUGUUCACUACUAUCAGACCUCCUAAGGAGAGCCAGUCCUUUGAUGGAAUUACAGGUCUUUAUUUUUUAUCUGGAGCAGUACAUGACCGGUUACUUAAUGUCUGGCAGGUCCGGUCAGAAAACAAAGAAAAAAAUGCAGUGAUGUCUUUCACAGUUACAGAUGAACCUGUCUAUAUUGACUUGACUUUAUCAGAAAACAAAGAAGAGCCUGUCAAGUUAGCUGUUGUUUGCAGAGAUGGUCAAGUUCACCUUUUUGAACACAUACUAAAUGGAUACUGCAAAAAGCCUUUGACUUCCAACUGCACAAUUCAGAUAUCAACACCUGGGAAAGGCAAGAAAUCAACACCAAAACCCAUCCCAAUUCUAGCAGCUGGUUUUUGUUCAGACAAAAUGUCCUUGUUGCUUGUAUAUGGCAAUUGGUUUCAGCCCAUCAUUGAGAGAGUGGCUUUAAAUUCCAAAGAAUCUCAUAUGUGUUUAGUAAGAGAUAUUUCGAACUGCUGGGCUCCAAAGGUAGAAACAGCCAUAACAAAGGUGAGAACUCCAGUGAUGAAUUCCGAAGCAAAAGUUCUGGUGCCUGGGAUACCUGGCCAUCGUGCAGCCAUCAAGCCCGUCCCUCCACAAACUAAGGAAGUAGAGAGCAAGAGGAAAUUAGGGGAAAAUGAGGUUAGCAUUGAAGAACGCCUGGGAGCACUGGACAUAGAAUCAAAAAAAGAAAAAGAUAGCCUUCCGCAGACAAAUAGCUUUCCAGUUCUUCUCGCGCAGGGUUUAGAAAGUAAUGAUCUCGAAAUGCUAAAUAAAGUGCUUCAAACUAGGAAUUCAAACCUAAUAAGGAGGACUGUGUUAAGGAUGCCCCUGCAUGCUGUUAUUCCAUUGUUGCAAGAGCUUACGAAGAGAUUGCAAGGACAUCCUAAUAGUGCUGUUUUAAUGGUUCAGUGGCUAAAAUGUGUGUUAACAGUCCAUGCAUCAUACCUGUCCACAUUGCCUGACCUGGUACCUCAGCUGGGGACACUAUACCAGUUAAUGGAGAGCAGAGUAAAAACUUUUCAGAAACUCUCCCACCUUCAUGGAAAGCUUAUCCUUCUAGUUACACAAGUUACAGCUUCAGAAAAAACAAAAGGAAUGCCUUGUCCUGAACAGAAGGCAAAAUUGGUGUAUGAAGAAGAAUCUUCUGAAGAGGAGUCUGAUGAUGAGAUAGAUAAAGAUUCUGAUGAUAAUUGGGAUGAAGAUGAGGAAGAGAAAGAAAGUGAAAAGGAUGAGGAUGUUGAUGAAGAGAAUGAAGAGGAAGAUGAGGAUUCAGAAGAAAAAGAUGAAGAAAAUGGUGAGGACAGAGAUGUGGCAAGUGAAAAGGAAUUAAAUGGAGAUUCUGAUUUAGAUCCUGAAAAUGAAAGUGAAGAAGAGUGAAGACAGAAGAACAAGCCAAUGGAACUGUAUAAACUCUGGCUCACCUUACCCAGUGCUGCCGAGUUCUCCUGGGGAGGGUUGUCUCUGUGACGGAUGCCGAGGACCGUUGCACAUUUCCAAAUUCCCACUGGUGGCUCCCCUGCCACCGUGCUGUCCCGAGCAAGACUUAACUGUGUAAAUAAGAGCGUGUUUCAUUCAAAUGUUAAUAAACUUUACACAGUAAAUAGACACAUUUUCUGCAAUGUACCGACAUGAGUGUCCAAUAUAUGGUAUAUUUUUAUAAUAUAAUAUCCUAGUAUGACUUGGUUAUACCAAGAAUUGACAUCAGUGAAGGUAAAGACAUUUCCCAGGUAGGGGGCUCAAGAACUGGACUUUUGUGAAGAGGUCAGCUGUUAUCUCAGGUUGGUAUCUUUCAUCAAAUCCAGAUAUGAAGCAGCACUAGUGAAAGAGAUUUUUAAUUUGGUACAUUUUCAUAAACUACGAAGGGGGAAAAAAAGAGUAAAAUGAUUGUGAUUAAAAAAUGAAAUCACCAGUGUCCCUAGCUGCUCUAUUAACUGUGGUGAUCUGAUCAGAGUCAGAUUGGAUAUUUGGAGUGCUUCCCUAAGACAACCACUUAUUUUUUAAGCUGUCAUGUGAAAUAUUUUUUAAAAAUACAAAAAUUAUGGUAAUUAAAAACUAAAGAGUUAGCCCUAUUAAGAAUUUUUCUUGACUGCAAGUUACCUGUAAAGAAUCAUUAGUGUCUAGAUUUAGAAUUGCUCAUUACCUGCAACUUAAAAAAUUUCUGUUACAGCUGCUUUUGAAGAUAUUUUCAUUUUUAUUUAAAUUACUAAUGGAUCAAAGGACAAUUGUUUAUUUUUUUCUCUUUGGUUUUAGAUAUUAAUGAUAACAUUGUUGGAGUUUUUUUCCAAAGAAAAUAUUUUUAUAAUUCAGUAAUUUAAUGUUUUCCUUCCUUUUCAUUACCCACUCUUGGCAGUGUUAGGGUAUCUGUUUACCUUUAAAAUAAAUCUGACUCAAGAUUUUUUAUGUAUGUAUCAAUAAGUAUUUUGGUGUGUUACAAAAGCUUUUUCAAAUUAUCAGAAAUUUUUUUUUUUUUUUUU